CUUCCCCUCCACCUCUCGACAUGCCGCGAUGGACAGCCUACUGAUCGUCGUCGGAGCCUUGGCCCUGCUCACAGUCGCCGUGAGGGGGAAUGUGCUCCAAACACUCUGGCUGUGUCUGAGUCUCUUGGACACGUUUAGGGCCCUCAAGACUGUGCGACAGAAUGGGCGGCGCGUCGGCGUGACCACUCGGCGCCGUCUCAUGAGGCAGUGCCUGACGUCGUGGAUUGUGUUUGUCGCCGCCGAGCCUGUCACAAUCAUUUGCGAUGCCCUCCUCUACUGGUUCCCAUUCUACGCAUCUUUAAAGCAACUGGCCCUUCUGGUGUCUGCAGUCUGGCGCGUAGAGACUUCGGGCUGGCUCUUCGAGCAGCUCCUCGUUCCAGCCAUUCGCCGCUACGAAAAGCACAUUGACCUCACCUUCCUUCUGGUUCACUCGCUAUACUCGGUUAUCUUCCACUUCCUACUGGAUCUACCCCUUCAGUUCUUGCGCCGGCGCGCCCAAGAGUUUGGCCUAUGGCCCUCUGGCCUUCAACCUGAGGCGCAAGAUGCGGAGCCGCCGAAGGUGGACGACUCCGAUAAGCCCGCAGAGGACGCAGCCGCCGCCCCAGAUGUGUCGAACGGCUCUGGUACUAUUGUGGAGCCUCCGACAGUCGCACCACCCGUUGAGCACCAGCAGCCGAAACCCGUUGCUUCAGCACCGCGGCAGCCGCUUGGCCGACCGCGUCUGCCAUCAGCGGCCUCCAGUCACGCAAGAGCAAGGAUUCCCUCCGACACGACUCCUGGCGGAGCCAAGCAAACUCCCGACAGGUGUCUGGUCUGA